UUCCCUUUUUUGUUUUUAACAGUUUUGUUAACAACACUACGCUUGCAUAAUCAAAUAUGUACUUGCAAAUGCAUCAGUGACAAAAAGUGUCAACUCCACUGCCGAUUAGCUUCAUUUCCUUCCUGAGCCGAAGGCUGCAAUAUGUUUGCCCUUGCAGCCAUGUCAGUACCACUGCUAGACUGUCAUUGGUUCAUUCUUGUGUAGGGGAUAUCUUGCUCAAAGAGGAUGUGAUAAAUAAGGGAGAAUGAAAGCCCUUCUAAAGAUUCUCUCUGUGUUUGUAGUUUUGACUGGUGUGUUGAUGAAGUCUGGAAAUGUUUAUGUGGGAACAGUGGGUGAAACAGUGGAGAUCAAAUGUCCAUAUCCAGAUUACCACAAAUAUACACCCAAGUACUUUUGCCGUCAUCCCUGUAAAUCAUCUGAGCAUGUUUUGAUUAAAAGUGCAAAGAUUGAUCAGGUCCUCUCAGUUGGAAGAUACUCUUUGAUUGAUGUUGUGAGUGGACAGUUCUUUACUGUAACCAUCAAAAAUCUCAGACUCAAAGACUCUGGUGUUUAUUACUGUGGACUUGAUCAAUGGUUCAGUGACACGCUGAAUAAAGUUAAUCUGUCUGUCCAUACAGCAGCUUCUGUGAACAGAUCUACACCCCCCCCUGAAAAGACACAUAUAACAUCUAUAUGGACAACAGCAGUUACAUCCAAUAAAUCAAAUUCAUAUGAGCAGUUCUCAGCAACAACAGUCCAGUCAAAGGGAUCGCUGGAUAAAAACUUAAGAGUCAGCGUGCCUGUGGUUUGUGCAGGUGUUCUGUGCUGCUUGUGUCCGUGGUUCUUGUGGCGUUAGUUUGUCUCUGCAGGAAAAGAUCAGAUUUAAAGUCUAAAUGUCUGAAACCACCUGGCCCUCAAAAUCCAGUUCAAGUUUCACCAGAUAUUAACCAGACUGUAGGUGAUGUCUGUCACCUCUAUGAUGAAAUUGUUACUGAGUACAGCCUGGCUGGUGCAGCUAGAGAUGGUGAUUCUUCUGCAAUAUAUUCCACUGUGCAGCAUUGUGAUCCUGCACCUCAGGACAAUACGAAUGCUUUGUAUUCACUUAUCACACACCACUGAGGAUAACUGACUAGAUCGGUGUCAUUCUCUCCCC